CUACUUUCCUCUGAUCCGCCGUCCAUCCGCCCAACGAGCCGCCGUGAGGGUAUGAACCGGAGGCUCCGCUCCUGUCGACCCGAUAACGGAUCCCCUCCCCCGCGGCUACGACGAUGGGCGGCGGAACCCCCGGCGACGGCGACCCUCUCUCCCCUCUUUCCAUCCUCCUCCUCGUCGUUCUUCUGCAACUCCUCGAUGGAUUUGUUGAGUUCCUCAGAAAGAGAGGAUUAAGAAGCAAUGAAGAAUUUCAACUGCGACAAGAAAUCGAGCAACUUUUAAAAGAGGCAGGCAAAUUAUCAAUGCCCUCCACAUUUGCUCAGGUUGUAAAACUUAAACGAGCGGCUGCAGCUAAAGAGAAGGAGCUGUCUAAAAGACAUGAGGAGUACAGCAAGGAGAAGAAGUGGUCAUAUGAUAUGUUUGCAAGAGCCCUGCUGGUUCUUAAGGUAAUAUUAUAUGCUGGACUUAUUUGGCAUUUCUGGGGUGUUCCAGUUGCAGCAGUUCCGCAACAUCUUUUGCAGCCUUUUGGGAGGUUCCUGUCCUGUAGAUCUGGAGAUGCUGUCACCGGUCAAAUCAUGGUUGGCAUAAUACCAUGGCUGCUUUUAGCUACUCAAGUUAGCAAGUUUUUGUGUCAAAAGCUGUCAAUUUUUUUUUUCAUGAUUAAAUCCUAAAAACUUUGCUUGCCCAGUAUAUAUUUGUAAUUUUUGAUCCAGAUUUUGGGAGGUUGGUAUGUGCUCUAGAUAUGUAAUCUCUGCUUGCUCCAUCUUUCGUUUCUUCACCCUCCUUGAACUGGGCAAUUUUCUUCAGUCAAAAGAUGGGGAGUGGUGUGUCAUUAAAGAUUUCUAGUCUUCAUCUUGGACGGGAACAUUUUGUAGAAUUUCAGAGUUUUCAACGUAGCACGCUUGCAUAAAAUAAAUUUGAAUUGUCAUCC